GUGGUAUAUAUGUUGGGGGUACUGGUUGGGUUCAUGGAGCUUCGGGGGAUUGUUUUGAACUGGAGUUGUGUGCAGAGGGAGGCAUAUGUCCAGGACAUGGAAUACUGGCGAGUGAGUUAAGUCAUUACCCGCAAAUUGCACCUCGGAGCGUCAUGGCAGGACCUGUAAACGAAACUGCGCCUCAGAAGCAAGCCAUUAAGCGCAGUGCAGAGGCUAACCCCGAGCCCACUCCACUUCCCAAACGCUCGCCUGAUAAUCUUGGGCUUAAACAACAGGCGCGGAUUGUGAAUGCACGUGCUAAUGUUGAGGACACUGGAUCUGAAAUUGCUUCAAAACAAUUGCAGGCCGAUCUAAGCGCCAAUGAAAAGCGUGCUCCAUUUUCUGCAGUAUUGCCUGCAGAGAAUGAAAAUCUUGUGGCAGUAUGUCAAGCUGCAGACGCUGAGGUGAGUGGCGGGAAGAUUACGGAACAUGAAACUACUAGGGACUACUCCAAAGCGCAUAAUAGGGAAGGAGGAGCAUUUGGGAAGGAAACUUUUCCGCAAUCAGUGGAUUUGCAGCCAGCUGCUGAGGUUGUUGCAGGUCUAGAAGGAGCUCAGAAGGUAUAUGAGAAACGAGACGUGCUAGCGGAAGUACUGGUAACUUUGUCCGAGCACUGCUCGGCCAGUCGAGCGAGGCUGGUAAGCCAGGUUACCGUUGAGCCUAUGGUGAAGGAGACAUCUCUCACAAGUCCACAUGAGGAGGUGAAAUCUAUGGUUGACGAUGUGUGGAUUGAACCGCUGGCGAAAGAAGCUGCUCCGCGAGCUGCUGCUCGGUUAACUGAGCCGAAAACUGCAGAGGCAGUUUCAGAGAUGAGAUCUGAUACCCUCACAACAGAAAAUUCCGUCGAGGUUGUUCCCCUGCAGCCAGCCCUUGCCUAGAGCACAGCGUCUACAUCAUCCAUGCCAAUGCAAAUCCCUGCCAUCCAUUGCUGCUUUCAAGCGUCGGCUCCAUUGAUUGUACAUGUCCCUGCACGAGUUGUGGAAAUUGUGAAAGUUCCACUACAAUGGCCCAAUUUUCUGGCCACUCACCUGAACAAAACAGUAAAAUUUUGAAGGUCGGUUUGAUGCACCACUAGGCAAGAUCGUGAAGAUGUAUAUCGUAGAAGCUUAUUACCAGUUUUGAGAUGGUUUGGUGGGUACAUGCUUCAGUUGUUCAGGAGCUUUUGAAUUGAGAGGAUCCCUUUUGUUCAAGACUUUCGAUACAUUCAAUUCAAAUGAGGAUUUGUUUGAGACUUGAAAUAG